CCCCCCCAAAAUAAACCUUAAACCUUAAGAACAAUAUAAAUGUUUAAAGAGUCGUGGAUCCCUGGUCUGACUGUUAAUCAACUUCUUCAAUAGACUCAUGUGGAAGAUGUGGAUACUACAUUGGAUUCCCUGAUUGAUGUUUCUACUCAGUGGUGGAAAGUGGAAAGGGUAAGAGCUCUAGUUAAUCCAAAUAUAGCAGCAGAGAUUUUGAAGAUCAGAGUUUGCCCCGGCUCAAAUGAUAAACUCUUUUGGUCUCAGGAAAGAAAUGGUAUUUACACUGUUAGAAGUGUUUAUAAAUUUUUCUACUUAUCAAAAAAUAAAAAAGUGUUUAUAAAUUUUUCCAGAAUUUAUUAGCUCAGCAGGUGGGUGAGAGUUUUAUGGAGAACAGAAACAGAUCAUUGUGGAAACAAUCGUGGCAGCUGAAACUUCCUAACAAAUGAUGAUUUUUGCCUGGAGGGCCUGUAGGGAUAGUCUGCCAACUUUUCAUAAUCUGAAGAAGAAGCAUGUUAAUGUUGAAGAAAGCAUAUAAAGAGAUCCAGGUUUUUUAUGCUGUUAGAAAGGAGGCAAAACAGAUUUGUUGUUGGAACCCUCCUCCUCCCUCUGGUUUCUUGAAGUUGAAUGUGGAUGGGGCAAUGCUUUAUGAUCAACAAAAAGCUGGAGUGGGGGUGAUACUUAGAGAUGAUAAAGGUGAGGUACUUGUAGCCUGCAGUAAAUUGGAGAAAGAGAUGAUAUCCUCAGAAUUUAUUGAAGCUACAGCAAUGUUGAGAGGGUUACAUUUUUGUGCUCAAUGGGGUGUGUCCAAGCUGAUUUUGGAAAGUGAUUGCUUAGUGCUUGUCAAUGAUCUUCUUUCUGAGUCUGAGAAUUUUACAGAGUUAGGAGUUCUAAUGCAAGAUAUUCGAAGAAUGUUGAAUGGGUUUCAAGAGGUUAAAGUAUCUCAUGUUAACAGAUUGGGGAAUGAAGCUGUUCACCGUUUGGCUAAGCAUGCUUGGAACGUGUUAGAUAUUGAAAUGUGGUGGGAUUUUAAACCAUCUUUUGUUUCCCAAGCUAUCUGGCUUGAUGAGAUGAAUAUGGUGUAACGUUUUAUGAAUGAUAUUGAAGUUUUCUAUAAAAAAAAAAAAAAGAA